CGAACGAGAAAAUAUGGGAACCGUUUCGAUCGAUCUUCGAUCACUGGACACAAGUGAAAGGCGAGGCCAGCUGGGUGGAAGUUCUCAUGCCGCGGGAUCCUCGAACGAGGGUCCUGAGCCGGAUGACUCGGACGCCGCCAGCAACGAAGCUCGUCUACGGGGUGUGCUGCAACCGACCUCGACCGAGGAUCAGGCGGGAAAUGUUCGACGACUUCCGGCGGAGGACGCUGAACCUCGCGGUCAAAUACUGAAACUCGGUUAUCCAAAAGGCAAACGAAACAACGGGAAGAAAUCAACUCGGUGCAAACGCAGGGUCACGUUCGCCGUAUAAGUUCCAU